AGUGGUUCCACAUCACUCGCGUUCGGUUUCGGUAAAGGCGCGAUUAACUUGACAGUGCUGCUGUUGGUGGUGAUAGAGAGAAAAAACGCGCGCGCCUGGUGUUUUAUUUGGUAUGGAGGGUUGGUGUUAGACAGGACCCGCUUCGGGUUACUCUAAUGAGUGUUUGGUUUUGGUCCAGCGAUCUGAUGAAAUUUGGGAAAAUUAUGCUGCUGACAGAACAGCAGGUGACGGGAAGAUAAAUUAGUGAUCGCAGUAGUGCGAGGAAGAUUCAUUUCUGUCUCUGACCUGUCUCGGAUGUGCUGAACAGGUGACAUUGCUGUCACAUCAACCGUGGAUUUAUUUUCGGAAGUGGUGGAACAAUGUGCCAGCUUUGUUUUGGAUUUACUUGAGUAAUCGACGUGUGCGAAUCAACAGUGAAACCCGUGACAAGUACGUACCAGCCAUCAUAAAAGAAGCAAUAUACAGCCAAAGAAUAAAGAUGUGACAACGCUUGAUUGAAUCAGUUCGAUCCUUUUCACGCCCCGUAAUGAACCACGGAACGGAUUCGCGCUGAUAGAUUGCGGCACGUUCUGGACUGCAAGCAAGACCUGCAGUCUGGCCCCCAUUCGGCCGACCAAGUGUGCAUACGAAAAUAACUCUCCAUUCAUUCGGUCGAGCGUUUCGAACCCCACCGUGAACCGUGACCAACGACAGCCGGCUGUUGUCGUGUGGGAAAAAUUGAUGUGACACGACCGUGAAAUAAUGGUACGCUCAUCAUCUCCACGUCGCGUGGUGCAUGUGCGCGAAAAAGCAAUGAAGAAUAAUUGAAAUGUUGCAUUAAACCUGACGAUGAGAAAGGCAACAAACUUGGCUGAAAAUUAAUUUACCCCAACGAGAGGGAAGACAACAACAGGAGCAGAAAACAGGUUUAAUAUACUAGUGAUUACCACGUUUUCCAGUACAGGGAUGAUUAGUGAGUACCCACCUGACGGACGGAGUCAUAAAAAUUAUAACGCUCGAAGAUCGUAAACUACGUCGAUGCAUGCGAUGCUGUCAGGAAAGUGUGUCUUCUUGCCAGAUCUCCACCUACAUCCGGCAAUAAGUGCGAACGCAGUUGCUGUUUCUCGUCAAUAGCCUGCAGUAUAUUUGCUAUUCUUGCGCCAGCCUGCAAAUGGAUAUAAACAUUGGACUUUAGUGGAUGGCUAACAAAAAAGGACUACAAACUGUCAAAUCGCAACCAAACUAUUGAAAUAAUAACCAAAUCAAUUAUUCAAUUGAAUAAAGGAUAAAAAUAAAACUGAAUAGAUCUAAUGCGGAAGGACAUCAAAAUAAAUAAUCAGUAACGGUGUAUAGUAGAACUUUUUCGUACAAAAAGCAAAUGUAAAUUGUAGAUAACGAACAAAUUUUAAAUGAAAAUUUACUGAAAACUCACAUUGCUGGUUUCAUACUGACUGUAGAAAUAGGCUGCGGUAGAAAAACCGCAGUAAAGUAGCCAAAAAUCACAGUUUUCCCGUACCUAUAAGAAAAUUCUCCGCAGCAAAAUGACUUCGUCUACAACGACCGAUGCGACCGUCGAUAUGCUGGCGCAGAAGCGACUUGAAUGCUUGGAUUCCCUCAACGAAACAGUCGAGACUUCCACCAGAACUGGGCUCUUCUGCCGGGGAACCUGGGACGGUUGGCUGUGCUGGCCGGAUACGACAGCAGGCACUUCGGCGUAUGCACUGUGUCCGCAUUUCAUCACCGGAUUCGAUCCUAACAGAUUUGCACACAAAGUUUGUGACGAGCACGGCGAAUGGUUCCGGCAUCCGUUGACGAACAAAACCUGGUCCAACUACACAACCUGCAUAAAUUUUGAUGAUUUCGAGUGGAGGCAGCAGGUGAGAACGAUAUACGAAACAGGAUACUCUAUAUCGUUGAUUGCCUUGAUCCUAUCGCUCGGUAUUUUAAGUUACUUUAGAUCACUAAAAUGUGCUCGGAUAACGCUACAUAUGAACCUGUUUGCGUCGUUUGCCACAAAUAAUACGCUUUGGCUGCUUUGGUACCGGAUGGUGCUGGCAGACCCGGACGUUUUGAGAGACAAUGGGACGCCGUGCAUCGGGCUGCAUCUGGUGCUGCACUACUUCUUGCUGACCAACUACGCUUGGAUGCUGUGCGAAGGAUUUUAUCUGCAUACGGUGCUGGUGUCGGCGUUUGUGUCGGAGAAAAAACUGGUCCAGUGGCUCGUCGUGCUCGGAUGGGCCGCGCCAGCCAUCGUGAUUACAGUGUACGGGCUUCUGCGGGCCCACGCUAGCCCGCCGGACGACAGGAUACAAUGCUGGAUGAAUGAAAGCACCUAUGCGAACGUUUUAGUAGCACCGGUGUGUAUCUCGAUGCUUUUGAAUUUGCUGUUUCUCUGCAACAUCGUGCGAGUGGUGCUGCUAAAGUUGAAAGCCCCGGCAGGACCUCAGGGAACGGGACCAUCCAGAACGAUCCUGCAAGCGUUUCGAGCUACUCUGUUACUCGUUCCACUGCUCGGCCUACAGUACAUGCUGACUCCUUUCCGGCCAGAUCCCGGGCACCCAUACGAACGGACAUACGAAACGAUAUCAGCAUUCACGGCAUCAUUCCAGGGACUCUUCGUUGCGGUUCUAUUCUGCUUUUUCAACGGAGAAGUUAUCGCACAAGUCAAGCGAAAAUGGCGAACCGUUUUCCUGCGGACCCGAACCAAUUCCUACACGGCAACGCAAGUAUCCCCGGUCCGCUUGCAGUUUGUCCGUUGCGGUCCUCACGUGCCGGGCGAGGAAAAAGUCUGACUAAAGGAGUACGCCAGCGGCGGCAACAGCCGAAUGCAGCAGCAGCAGCAACGAUCAACCAACGACACCACCAGUUUCACGAGCACCACCACCACCGCCGGUGUGAAUCCUUCGAACAACAACGCAACAAUGACAACGACGACGACGACGGCGACGAGACCACGUGACGUGAGCCCACCGAAAAGCAAUGGGUCCACCGUUGUCGGUACCUGGCGAAGGAAUUCCAUCGAGUGUCGACACAUUAAGCUGCCGCUGCUAGAUGCGGUCCGAGCUGAGGAUGAAAACGUAGAAGACGGUGACGUGCGAGAACAGCUCCAGAGUGAGCCUGCCCCGGCGGAUGAAGUGCUGUAGACGCAACGAUACCGGGUCAUAGCCAAAUUUAGCCGUUUAAGAUUAUUCACUAACGUAUAACUGUGAGCUGGUAGCUGUCUGGUAAAUAGUACUUAAAUUAAUCUAACUUAACGAUACAAAAUGUUGAAAGCGCUUCAAUUCUAGUGAUUAGAUUAUGCCUGCUUUGCAGGUCUAUGUGAUCAUGUUCUAGUAUAUAACUGAA